AUGGACGACCAACUCAUCACGCCAGUCCCGGUGACGCGCCACCACGACCAUGUCAAUGUCGACGUCGAUGUCGAUGCCGAGGCCGGCAAGCAGGCGACACAGCUGGUCGCCGAGCUCGAGGCGGAGCAGCCGCUGCCGGCAAACAACUUCGCCUUCACGCCGUCCCAGUUGCACAAGCUGCUGAAGCAGAGGAGCCUUGCUGCCCUUGACGUCUUUGGCGGGCUUCGCGGCCUUGUGCUGGGCCUGCGGACCGACGUAACCACGGGUCUCAGCGCCGACGAGGCCAGUCUCGAUGGCACAAUCAAGUUUGACGAGGCCGUUGCGGCUGCUCGCGAGGAUCGUGUGCCGGUUCUGUCUACCGUCGAGGAGCCGCUCGCUGCCCCAGGCUUGACUUUUCCGAGAGGAGAAUCCCACCAGCAGUUCAUCGACAGGAGACGCAUCUUUGGCGCCAACCGGUUGCCUCGACGCCGGCAAAAGUCUUUCCUCAAGCUCAUGUGGAUUGCCUUCAACGACAAGCUCAUUAUCCUGCUGACAAUCUCAGCAUGUAUAUCCCUUGCCAUCGGCCUUUACCAGUCUCUCACAGCCGACGAGGACACGUCGAACAUCGAGUGGGUGGACGGCGUGACGGUCGUGGCCGCCAUCGUCGUCAUCGUCUUGGCCAGCGCUGCCACCGACUGGCAAAAGAAUCACCGGUUCGAGAAGCUUAACGAGCGACAGCAACAGCGUGAGGUGACGGUCCUCCGCUCUGGCAGGAUCCAGCAGAUCUCUAUAUACGAUGUCAUGGUGGGAGACGUCUUGCAUAUCGAGGCCGGCGAGGUCGUGCCCGCCGAUGGCGUCCUGAUCCAGGGGUCCAGCUUGUACAUCGACGAGUCGUCCAUCACGGGAGAGACUCAGCUGGUCCGCAAAACAGCUCCGGCAGACCGCAACCGCUCUCGAGCUUUCCAGCCAGAUCCCUUCAUCUUUAGCGGCACCACUGUCUGCCGUGGUGUUGGUCGCUUUCUGGUCCUCUCCGUCGGAGAAUACUCAGCCCACGGGAUGACGCUCAUGUCGUUGCGAGAGGACGUGGAGGAGACGCCUCUCCAGGCGAAACUGGGCAAGUUGGGCAAGCAGCUUAUCCUGUUUGGUGCCGUUGCUGGCUCCAUCUACUUUUGCAUUCUCUUCAUCCGGUUCCUGGUUCGAUUGCCGCAGCACAAGCACGCCAGGCCAACACAAAAGGCCGAGGCCUUUCUCCAUAUCGUUAUGCUGGCUGUCACCAUUGUAGUCAUCACCGUCCCCGAGGGACUGGCACUCAAUGUCACCAUUGCCCUGGCAUUUGCAACCACUAGAAUGCUCAAGGACCACAAUCUCGUUCGUCUCAUUCGGUCGUGCGAGAUUAUGGGCAAUGCCACGUCCAUCUGUUCGGACAAGACAGGGACCCUCACGCAGAACAAAAUGGCCGUUGUUGCCGGCCGCGUCGGGCUUGAAAGCGGAUUCGAAGAAUUGGAGGUUCCUGUCACUGGUGCGAGCUCAAGGGGCUCCUCUUCGGUGACGAAGCUCCCUUCGGCUAGACAGUUCAUGUCGACCGUCUCUCCCCAAGUCGAGAGAUUGAUCAGGGAGAGCAUAGCCCUCAAUUCCACUGCCUUCGAGAGAGACGACUCUGCGGGAGCCGAGUUCGUUGGAUCCAGCACUGAAACGGCUCUGCUCAAGUUUGGUCGGGAUCACUUGGGCAUGGGAAGGCUCGGGGAAGAGCGAGCCAACACUCCUGUCGUGACCAUGCUUCCGUUUGAUUCUACGCGGAAAUGGAUGGCCGUCCUGCUGAAGCUUCCCAAUGGCAGAUACCGGCUGCUGGUCAAAGGAGCUGCCGAAAUAGUGUUUGAGUACUGUGCCUUCAUAGUAUCCGACCCGACGUACCAAGUCACCAUCGAUCGGCUCACGGAACCGGACAGGGCGAGCUUUCGCAAAACGAUCAACGACUAUGCGGUCAACAUGCUUCGCCCGGUCGCCAUAAGCUUCAGGGACUUUGACGAGGACGAGGUAUUUCUGCACCCAGACGACGACCCGGCCUCUAUUAACUUGGAAUGGUUGGCUUCUGGCAUGGUCUUCAUCGGCUUCUUUGGGAUCCGCGACCCCCUUCGGCCCGAAGUCGUUGAUUCCGUUCGCAAGUGCCAGGAUGCCGGCGUCUUCGUGCGCAUGGUCACGGGCGACAACUUCCUCACGGCAAAGGCUGUCGCAGCAGAAUGUGGCAUCUACACUGCUGGCGGCGUUGCCAUGGACGGGCCAACCUUCAGGAAGCUGACGCCGUCACAGCGCGACGCCAUCAUCCCGCGCCUACAGGUGCUGGCGAGGUCCAGUCCCGAGGACAAGCUGCUGCUCGUCACACGCCUGAGAGAGAUGAGGGAGACGGUGGCAGUCACGGGCGACGGAACGAAUGAUGCACUUGCCCUCAAGGCGGCUGAUGUUGGCUUUGCUAUGGGUCUGCAGGGCACCGAGGUGGCCAAGGAAGCUGCUUCAAUCAUUCUUCUUGACGACAAUUUUGCAUCUAUAGUCCGGGCCUUGAGCUGGGGCCGGACAGUCAACGAUGCCGUCAAGAAGUUUAUUCAGUUUCAAUUUACCAUCAACAUAACCGCAGGCAUCACUACAAUCAUAUCAGAGCUCGUUGGCGACUCGAUCUUCACGGUUGUACAGCUCCUCUGGAUCAACCUCAUCAUGGACAUCUUCGCGUCGCUCGCAUUUGCUACCGACCAUCCUUCGCCGGAUUUCCUGAUGCGGAAACCCGAGCCUCGCAACACGCCGAUCAUCAACAUCACCAUGUGGAAGAUGAUCGUCGGUCAGUCCAUCUACCAGCUGCUGGUGGUCUUUUUGGUGCACUAUGUGGGCUGGGACCUUUUCAAUCCCGGCACCGAGCAUGAGAUUGAAAAGCUACAAACGCUGGUGUUCAAUAUCUAUGUCUGGAUGCAGUUCUUCAACCAGCACAAUUGCCGGCGUGUGGACAAUAAGCUGGAUAUCUGGUACCAAGGGAUUCUGAAGAAUCCGUGGUUCAUUGGCGUGCAGCUCCUUACGAUUCUCGGCCAGUUCCUCAUCAUCUUCAAGGGAGGUGAAGCUUUUGAUACGAAACCGUUGACGGGCGCUCAGUGGGGAUGGAGCAUCUUGUUUGGCAGCCUGACGAUUCCGCUCGGUGCACUGAUCCGCCAAGUACCUGACAGUCUCGUCUUGGAGUUGUUCCGCGGUGUGAAGAAGCUCUUCCUUUUCGUCACUACUCCGAUUCGAAAUGUCUGGGCAUUGAUCUUUGCCAGAACCAAAGAGAGGUCCGGCGAUGCCUCUCAAGGAGAGCUUGGGUCUGUAGAGAACUCGGGUAUCUCAUCCAACAACGCUUUAGCCCACCAGACGGAAUUGUCAGUUGCAAACCCACCUCCACGAGAGGCGAACCAUAUCAUGUCAGACACCGAGUCACAGCCUACUCUCAACGACAACAACAGCAGCAGCCUAGCCGAGAACUCCACAAUAGCUUCCAUAUCCGAAAAGAGGGAAAUUGACCUGCAAGCGCUGAUUGAUGCUGCGAAACUGGGCCGACUGGCAGACAAGGAGAUGCUGGAGAUCCAUCCGCGCACGCUGAAGAACGAUCCGAUCCUCACACCACGGUCAGACUUGAACAUACCGCCAAGUCAAGACCCGUACAUUCUCCGAUAUUUCAUCAGAACCCGGAGAAACGAUGCCCGUGGCUCCAUUAGCAGAUCGGCUCGCAGGCCUACGGUGCCUGCACGGGCUACCUGGGUUGAGCCGAGUCGGCCGACUCCUGCCAGGACCAGGGAGCAGCCGAGGCGGGACUGGAUUUCCUGGGAGGGGCUGCUGAGGUCGAAGAGGCGAUAG